AUGCCACCCCGCAUGUCCCGCACGUCACUGCGCUACACUUGCCCAACACAACGCCACGGCAGGCCGAAGAUUGCAGGGUUUGACUAUGUGACGACGCGCAGGGCUGCAGCGAGUGGCGAGCAGCACGCGGUGGUGGGCGUGCGGGGGUAUGUGGAUCCUCACCUACUGCUCACCCAGGAGCACACACCCACCAAUGAUCUCUACAGUCUGGGAGUGGUGCUGCUGCAGCUGCUCUCAGGCCGCAUCUCCGACGCUUCAGGGAAGACCAUGCCCGAGUUUUUCAGAGAGGCUGUGAGUAUUGAGGGAGCAUUGGGGGGAGGGCGAGUGGUGAGUGCUGAGAGGAGCAUUGUGGGGGGAGGGCGAGUGGUGAGUGCUGAGGAGGAGCAUUGGGGUGGAGGGCGAGUGGUGAGUGGCUGA